CGCCGGGCCCCCGGUUCCCCGCCAGGCUGCAGGCGCCGGGCCUGGGCCAUCAGGGCAGCUGCGACUUGAGUGCUCUCCGGGCGGCGAGCAGAGGGUGCGCCUGGCCCCCUGGGCCCGGGAUCAUGGGGAAUGGCAUGACCAAGGUACUUCCUGGACUCUACCUUGGAAACUUCAUUGAUGCCAAAGACCCAGAUCAGCUGGGACGGAAUAAGAUCACUCACAUCAUCUCUAUCCACGAGUCGCCACAGCCUCUGCUGCAGGAUAUCAUCUACCUUCGCAUCCCAGUGGCUGAUACCCCCGAGGUACUAAUCAAAAAACACUUCAGAGAAUGCAUCGACUUCAUCCACUCCUGCCGUCUCGACGGAGGGAACUGCCUUGUGCACUGCUUUGCAGGCAUCUCCCGCAGCACCACCAUUGUGACAGCCUAUGUGAUGACAGUGACGGGACUAGGCUGGCGAGAAGUGCUUGAAGCCAUCAAGUCCACCCGGCCUAUUGCCAAUCCCAACCCAGGCUUUAGGCAGCAGCUUGAAGAGUUUGGCUGGGGGACCUCUGGGAAGCUCCGCCGGCAGCUGGAAGAGCGCUUUGGCGAGAGCCCGUUCCGCGACGAGGAGGACGUGCGCGCGCUGCUGCCGCUGUGCAAGCGGUGUCGCCAGGGGUCAGCGACCUCAGCCGCCUCGGCCGCGCCGCAUUCGACCGCUUCGGAGGGGACCCUGCAGCGCCUGGUGCCGCGCGCGCCUCGGGACGCCCACCGGCCGCUGCCGCUGCUGGCGCGCGUUAAGCAGACUUUCUCCUGCCUCCCUCGGUGUCUGUCCCGCAAGGGCGGCAAGUGAGGACCCGCUUCCUCCCGGCGGACCCCUCUCUGGGCCUUCCUUCUUCGACCAGGAUGGGCCCCAGGGUGUGGGAGCCCCAGCGGCCUGUCCCCUUGCCUGCCCCUUGCUUGUCGCGUCUCAGUCAGUGUGCCGCCCUCUGUGCCCUCUGUGCGUCUGUGUCUGGCCGGCCUGCUGCAGCCAUCUGGUGCCUUAG